AUGUAUUUAACGUUGACCAAUAAUCUCUUCAUAAACCGCGGUCGCCAUUUUGUUGAGUCCAGUCAUCGAACGACUAUUAUGCCGCCCACGUGUUGUAAACAAACAUUAGGAAUAUGGAACUCGUGGAGUUUUCCUCGCGAAGAUUUUUCUCGCGGGUGCGCGGCGCGUGCGUGGGCGUUGGGAGGCGUUCGCCAAUCGCCUCGGAGCCCGCCCCACGACCCCACGCCUCACAUCUACUCGCCCGACUCUAUCUCUAAGACACCCACGCCAGAAUGUCGCCCAAACCAUAUCUAUUUUAUGACAGUCGUUCUACAAUUAUAUUUUUUCUCGAUAAUUAGCCAGGUGCCGGAAAAUUUCUGUCUCACUUACGACUGUGCUGCCAAAUUCCUAAGCUCAGAGUCAUUUCUUUCGAAUCUGACGUUAAUUUGUCGACAGACAGUCCGUCUCUUUGCAACUGGGCUCUAA